AGCUGUAACCGGUCAGCCAUCUUGAAGUGAAAAUCUACACGGAUAAACGCAAAUACACACAACUGUGCGUAGGUCGUGUCCGAAUAGGUGCUAGCUUUACGGAUUAAUUAGAUUUUCACAGACGAUUUUCUUAGCAAAAAAUGUGUAUAUUCUCGUCGUGAAUCCAAAUAAACAGUAAAUAAACAGCCAUGACGCAAUUUCUGCCAGCUAAUUUGCUGGCGCUGUUUGCGCCUCGAGACCCAAUACCAUAUUUGCCACCCGCUUGUAAACUACCUCACGAGAAGAAGACUGCAGGCUACAUUGGGUUGGGCGCAUUCUUACAACACUUCGAGGAUCCUAAAGAUACACCACCUCCGGUGAGAGUAGAAACUAGAGAGGAAAGGCUAGAGAGGCGAAGAAGAGAACGCAAUGAGCAAGUUGCAUACAAAUUGGAGCAGGAAAUUGCUGUAUGGGAUCCAGCAGGAAUUCCUAAUGUUACUGCUGAUCCAUUCAAAACACUUUUUGUAGCUAGAAUAAAUUACGACACCUCAGAAUCAAAACUAAGAAGAGAAUUUGAAGUGUAUGGUCCCAUCAAAAAGAUCGUUAUGAUCCACAAUACAGUGAAUGGAAAGCCACGAGGGUAUGCCUUUAUUGAGUAUGAACAUGAACGAGACAUGCAUUCCGCUUAUAAGCACGCCGACGGUAAGAAAAUAGACGGUCGCCGAGUGUUGGUGGACGUGGAGCGCGCCCGCACGGUCAAGGGCUGGCUGCCAAGGAGACUCGGCGGUGGACUCGGAGGCACACGCAGAGGCGGUCCCGAUGUCAAUAUCAAGCAUUCCGGCCGCGAGGACAACGAGAGAGAGCGCGAGCGCUACAGGCUGGAGCGCGAGCGGGAGGCUGUUCGCGACAGGGACAGGGACAGAGAUCGCGCGGACCGCGACAGGCGUCGCAGCCGCGAGCGCGAGCGUCCCAAACGCCGCUCGCGCAGCCGCUCCCGCGAGCGCAACAACGAGCGCAACAACGAGCGCAACAAGCGUCGCCGUAGCCGCGAGCGAGUCGAGCCGGAGGUCGAGGAACUGGAGCGCCCACCGCGCGAUCGUCGCGAACGUGAGCGCGAUCGUGGCGCUGAGCGCGAUCGCAAGAGGCGGCGUUCACGAAGCAAUGACCGUGAACGCGAGCGCAGUCGUCGUGAUAAACGCGAGCGCGACAGGGAUCGUGCUGAUCGUACGGAUAGGCGUGAUCGCAAGGACAGACCCGACAGGAUUGAUAGGAACGACGAGGACGUUAAGGACAUCAGGAUCAAGGAGGAACCUAUUGAUGAUUAUCCUGAAUACAAUCAGGAAAUGUACUUUGCUCAAGUUAAGUAUGAGCAAGAUCCUGAUGAGCCCGAAGAAAAAUAUCGAAUUCCGGAAAAUCAAAAUGACCGACCGUAUAACUACAACUCCGUACCGGACUAUUGAACAAUUUUUUCUGGCUUAAAACAAAACUUGUUCCGAAUCAUGAAAGAAGCGUUCUUCGUCAGGUUGGAUUUCGUGACAUUUGAACCAUUAUUUAUUGACUAGUGCUUUUUAAUACAUAUGUCAAAAUAUUAAAAACUUCAACUUUGAAUCCUAUUUUUGAACUGUAAAAUAAUUAUUUCAUUGAUUAAUUGUUUUAAUCAGACUGUAUUUCAAGCAACGUUUACUGUAUGAAUUUAUACUGAUAUCCAAUCUGUAAAUAUAUAAUUUUAAGUGAACGUUGUAACUACUGAUUGUAUAUUAUUCAUUUAUAGAAAUAAAAAAAUUGUCUAAUU